CUCCUCGCAAGGCCACCAUCAUGCGACCCAUUCGCUUCACCAUUCAAAUCACAACGGAUUCGCGCAUGCACAUCAUCACCAUCCGCACCAGCACCCCCGCAAGCGGCACUCACAUCCCCAUGCUCACCAACACUCGCAGCAUUCUGCGUUUCCUCCAAGAACCCCUGCCCGCGCAGACGCAUCACAAACACAUACCCAAUCGCAAACGCUCCCCCAAUCCAACGGCCUGCGCACAGCGCGCGGCUUUCCCUUCCUAAUCAUCGCGAGCUUAGCGCAGGGCCUGGCGUCAUCCACCUUCAAGCCCCGGCGUCCAUAUCCCCACAUGCACCCAAGUCCAGCGGCCGGUCGCAUGCGAACGGCCACACAGGCCGGGCACAUUCCAACUCAGGUUCAGGCUCUGCGUCGGGUUCUGGAUCCUCAGCGGCUUCUUCUCCGGCGCCGGCAGCGAGUGGGUCCAACCUCUCCAGUCGUGCGCCGCCAUUCGAGCCAUCUGGGCUAGGGCUGAGCGCCGCGAGGAGUGCGCAAACGGUGGCGUCAGUCGCGAACAGGUCUGAGCUAAACCCUGGCAGCAGUCCGUUUGCCCCUCGGCCGAGCGUUGCCCAAGUAGCCUCGUCCCAGGCGAGACCUCGCGGCGGGUCGACAUGAUGGCCAAUAGCCAGAGGCACCAGUGCACGUAAUGCUAGAUAGCUGCGGAAUGUACUGUACUGUGAGCUAUAUAACUGUGUAUGAUGGCACGAAGAGUGGCCGCGGGAGAAAGGUGUUAGCCGUCCUCCCGCGACCACUCAAGGUGCCAGCCGUACAAGUUAGGCGAGUUCAAUGCCGGGCUAAGGUUGUACCAGUUCAAUCGACGAGUUGCGGAGUGCCGCAGUGCAGCGAAACCUACGAUAGCGAAACCUGCAUCGAUGCCUCACUGAGACUUCGUAGUAAAACACUAGUGCA